AUGUGGCCAUGGCCAUGGCAGCCGGCACUCCUUGCAGCGCUGGCGCUACUGCCGCGCGCUGGGGCGACUACACAGUGUCGAGGCCACCGCGACUGCAGCCGUGACAUGUAUUGCUUCUCAUACAAGCUCUGCCAAGAGUUUAUGGCCAGCGAAGGCUUUCAGAUAGGCGACGCCGUCACGCUCGCAUCAGGAAUUCCAUCUGCCUGCAAGAAGUGGGUGGUGGUUGGAUCCUACCCAAACAGGACGUACAACGUCCAGUGCGCGAGCAACGAAACUCUGAUUCAGCAGGCAGACGUGAAAUCACUGCAGACUGCUGAAGCGUUUUCCUACAACUGCGGGGACUACUCUCCAGCUGGUGUUUGCGGUCCGCUGCAGCUUUGCCCUUCGUCUCACGACUCGAUCGACGGCAUUUGCCCUGGCGCCACACAGAACAAGUCAGAUAUGUGCGUGGACCUCGACCACAGCUUCUGCCAAACCGUCCAAAGAUAUCGGCGGAUGUGCUCUCAGCCGUACCACGGCCCCAACGUUUCCGUGACCUGCUGCGCUGCCUGCAAAGGUUAUGUGACGCCCACCCCUCUGCCGCACCACCGACCCUCGUCGCGCGAACGCGAACGCGCUCGGACACCGAGAGUCGCGACCUACGCCGCGUUGGCGUUAUGCUGUUUCGCCACAGCCUUUGCCGGGUGCAACGUCUUCCUGGCCAGAAGAAGGAAGCAACUCGAGUUGCGAGAGGUCGCCCUCGAGGACACCGCCUCUCUGGAAGCCGCCGUGAACGGCGAGGUGGAGGCCGAGUAUCUGGAGAUGGCCACACCGCGUGGCACCGGCAAUCGCUAG